GGAUGCAGCCUUCCGUUGCCCCUGUCUCCACCGAGCCUUUAGCCAUGCUGGACCCCGCAGGACACUUCACAAAAAGAAAGAAAACAUCUCUUUGGUUCACAGUCGCCCUUUUGGUAGUGUCUGUUUUCAUACUGUCCAUAGGCCUUGCAGCAACCACGAGAACUGAAAAUGUAACUGUGGGAGGCUAUUAUCCAGGAAUAAUACUUGGCUUUGGAUCCUUCCUAGGGAUUAUUGGCCUCCAUCUGGUAGAGAAUCGAAAGCAAAUGCUGAUAGCAUCCAUCGUGUUCAUCAGCUUUGGAGUGGUAGCAGCUUUUUGUUGUGCAAUCGUUGAUGGUGUGUUUGCAGCACGUCACAUAGAACCCAGGCCUUUAUAUACUAAAAGGUGCCAGUAUUAUACAAAUGGAAUUGGAUAUUUAUUUGAUGCCUACCAGACAGAGGUGACCUGUUAUGCCUUAAAUAACAAAUGCCAGCUGAAAGUGAAAAGUAACACGUGUUACUGCUGUGAUUUAUAUAACUGUGAAAACUCAGAACAAUCUACCAGCUAUUAUGAAUUCCUUGGGGUGAGCAGCUGUCAGGAUGUGAUCCACCUCUAUCGACUGCUUUGGUCUUCUACCGUCUUGAACAUCAUUGGCUUGUUCCUUGGCAUAAUCACAGCAGCCAUACUUGGAGCCUUUAAAGAUGUGGUGCCUGUUUCCCAAAUUGCCUUCAGCUCUGCUCCCCCACCACAGAUCCUUUACAAUCCUGCUCAGCAGAUUUUGACAUAUGCUGGAUUUUGUCCUUCAGCAGCUUCUGUUCCUCAUUAUCCUUCCUAUCAUCUGCCCCUUCAGCCUACCGGCAAUUUCCCAACAUCUUCGUCUACCGAUGUAUCUUUAGCUGAUGACCCCCAGCCACCUUCUCAGGCCAGCUGUAACCAUGGGGUGCCUCCUAAUGCUCCUCCAUUAUACACACCAGCCUAUUUCUUGUCAGGUGAAAAGCCUCCACCGUACGUACCGUAGCCAAUAGAUUAUUAUUCACCUGUUUUUGAAAAGUAAAAUAGCUUUGGCAGUGAGAACAAUGUGUGCUGACCAGGUUAGCUUCCAUUCAUUAAUGUCAUUUUGUGUGGCAUUGUAUUUUACCAUUUUAAGUCUCAGUGUCAGAAUGGAAAAUGGGCAGCAUAAAUGUAAGCAAAUAAUUCAUGAAAUCAAUGUCAAUUGGCUAUCGGGUUACUUCCAGGAAUAUCAAGUGAUUUUUUUCCCCACCCCAACAAAUAUAUCUUCUCUGGCAGAGUCACAAUUGACUGCAUUUUAGAUUAAUGUCUGGUUAAACUUAAGAUAUUUUUUUAAAAAAAAUAGUAUGACUUAAUUCCAAGGAAAACCUUUAAACUGAUCUCCAUCUCAUAUAACUAUUAAAUCCUCAUAAUUAAGAAAAUCUGCCAGAAAAAUGGUAUUUGUUUUCAUAUGCAUUUUUCAAUAACAGUCAUUUCUGUAAGUGUUUUCCCUAUAUAUUUGUUUGCAAUUUGUGUCCUGAGAUUUGUAUUACAACAUCCAGAGAAGAGCAGAAUCCCAAAAUUGUAAUGCAAUCUGAGAUAGACAUUGUUAUUUUUCCUUUAAAAUGUGGAUGAAACCAAAUUGCCCAAUUUUCUUGAGGCAGAACUAUUUCAAGUUGUAUUCAGGAUCAGGUAUAAUAAUGUUAGUGAAAACCAAAAUAAUAUCCCUAUAGCUACCCACAUAGAUUAGCAAUGCAGAUACAUAAUUGCUUCAUAUAUGGUUUAACUUAGCCAGUAUCUUCUUUUGGGUAAAGAUGUCUUCCAAAAGAUUGUGGUAGUUAUUUUACAAUAAAAUAUUAUGUACAUAUUUUUCAUAAUUUCAGGGUAUGCAUUUUAUCAAAAAGGAGGGAUAAAUAAUCUAAUCUAGUGUGAUCUAAGUUCUUCCCCUUCCCCAUCCAAUGGUACUAUAUUGAAACAUAUUUUAAAUAUUUGGAUUUGUUCUCCUUAUCCGAAUAGUUUGUGAUGUCCAGGACUUAAUACGGCUGGAAAUAAAGUUAUUGCUUUCUGCAAACUGCAGAUUCAGCCAAUUAAUAAUUGGGCACAAGAAAGGACAUUAUAAAAGGAAUCUGUUGGGAAAGGGGAUGAUUUGGGGUUCACCAGCUGUUCCAAAAGGCAGAGUUCCUUCUCUCCAUUGCCUGUUCCUAUUCUAAAAACAGUCAUGUUGUCAAAGUCUUAAAAGGCCAUGGGAGAUACAGCAAUAGUAGGGUUUUGCUGUCUUCCAGUCAAUUGUGUCCGAUUCUCAGAAACUUCCUGGACAAGUUCCUGCAGUUUUCUUGGCAAGGGUUUUUCUUCAGAAAUGGUUUGCCAUUUCCUAGGGGUGAGAAAAAGCAACUGGCUCAUGAUCACCAAGCAGGCUUUGUACCUGAGCCUGACUAGAACUCACAGUCUCCCAAUUUCCAGCCUGUUGCUUUAACCAGUACACAUCUCCUAGGAGGUUAUUAGGGCUUGCAAAACCCUCUUCUAUUUCAUUAUCCACAAUAAACAGAGAAAAUAUAUGCACAAUCUGAAAUAAAAAGGAUUGGUCUGGGGGGGGGGGAAUUACUUAAAAUCAGAAGAAAUAAAUGCAUUAUAUUCCCCAAAUAUCCUCCACAGUCAGUAUUACCAGCCAUUCUUCCUAUAUCAAUAUACAUUUAUAAUCUAAUAACAUUUCUGUGGACAGGCUAAAUGAGGAGAGAUAUAUGCUUGUCACUUUUUUCUUUUUAAUUUGCAUAAUCGCACCUUAAUUUUAAAGCUUUAAAAGCUUUAAAAAAUGCUUAAUUAUCUGACAGUGUUUCUCAGCUUUAUUAACUUAUUUAUUUAUUUUAUUUGGAGUUUUUAUUUGGAGUUUUUAUAUGCCGCCCAAUCCACACUUUAUGGUGUGUGAACAUCAUCUUCCAGAAUUCUACAGCCACUUGGCUAAGAAAUUCUGGGAGUUAAAAUCCACACAUCUUAAAGUUCACAAAGUUGAGAAAAAUUGAUCUAUGAUAUCUAGUCAAUUCUGAACCUUAUAUAACUCAUUACAGCAAAGAACAUUUAUGAACAAGAAGAGGUUGUUUUCUUGAUUGCUAGAAAACAAGCAAGCUCAGAGAGCAGUAAGGCCUCCUCAUUUCAACCCGGAAUUACAAAUAUUCUAUUAGUUCUAAACAUGCUUGAUUUGGUAUAAUGGGGAUUCUGAGACUUGUUCUUUAAAGUAUCUGCUUUAAAUGAAUUUUUAACCAAGUAACAAUUCCAUUGGAUGAAGGGGCAAUGGAAAUAUUUUUAGAAUGAAAUAAUUUGGGACAAUUAAAACUAUUUUAUAAAUAAAUAAUUUAGUGCUUUAAGAUAUUUCUGACCACACUGAACAAACAAAUAUAAAAUAUAAAAUUUCAAUUCCUAGACAGGGUGUAGUCCUGGGAAAAGAAAUUUCAGUAGUGUAACUCCUAAAAUAAGAUGAUUAAUAAAAGUCUUGGAAUCUGCUCGGAACUAGACAGGAACCCAUAUAAUGUGUGGGGUAUUUUGUAUGAUGAUACUUGCUCCAAUGUAACAAGCCCUGAAAAAACAAAAAACUAGAUUUGGGGCAAAAUGUCUGUAAGAAGAAAAACUCAACCAUAACAACUUCUAAGCACUUUGGUGACAGAACUUAGCUUCCUAUCUAUUACAGAGUACAGACUGAUAGUCUUCAAACAGAAAUUGAAGUACUAUAGGCAGUGUUAAGAGAUGGUUAAAAUGAACCCAACCAGCUGAAGGAUGGCUCAGUGUGUGUAAGGCCAUUGUGUAUUGUAUUUGCAGAUAAUGAAAAAACUAGAAAGGUUCGUUAUCUUGUAUACGUAACAGCUUAAAUAAUAGUGCAAAUUUGAGCCAAGUCAGUAUCUCAAAAGAAUUCACUAGUUUCACAUCUCUGUUCCAGAUCUACAUCAUCCAUCUGAGAGCAAAUUAGGAAAUUCUAGAACACCAACAAAGUAGAAAAGUGGCAGAUAUUAGAAUUAGUAAUCCCUAUUCUCUACAUGCUGAAAUUUCAAGCUUAAUUGGAGCUUGGCUACAGGAUUUAUGGUCUCAAUCACGGUAGCUUUUCCAAUCAUGUUGAAAAUAUUACCACAUAGUAAUGCUCUUUAUAUUUUCAAUGAGAAAAUAGGAAAAAUAUAGUGAUAUAUAUUUGUGGGCAUGUCUGUACGUGCAUGAAGGAAGAAUACAUGAAGAGAUGA